CCUCGGCGCGCGCCGUAGCGGCCGCCUGAGGAGGAAGGCGGGGAUUGGACGUCCGUCCCGCCUCCUCUGCCGGCCUUUGCCAAGAGGUUGCUCGCUUCCAUCGUGUUCGCCGGCGGUGAUGGGGCUGGAGCCGCGGACGCUGCCGCCCUCCCCCAACUGGUACUGCACUCGCUGCAGCGACGCCGUGCCCGGGGGCCUCUUCGGCUUCGCCGCGCGGACCUCCAUCUUCCUGGUCCGCGUGGGCCCCAGUGCGGGUGCCGUCCCGGGGACGCCCCCUUUUCGAGUCAUAGGAGAGUUGGUGGGACACACGGAAAAGGUCUCUGGCUUCACAUUUUCUCAUCACCCUGGUCAAUACAACCUCUGUGCCACCAGCUCAGAUGAUGGGACCGUGAAGAUAUGGGAUGUAGAAACAAAAUCAGUUGUGACAGAGCAUGCACUUCAUCAGCAUACAAUAUCAGCAUUGCACUGGUCUCCUCGAGUGAAGGAUUUAAUAGUGUCUGGGGAUGAAAAAGGAGUGGUUUUCUGUUAUUGGCUUAACAGAAAUGACAGCCAGCAUCUCUUUAUAGAGCCCAGAACAAUUUUCUGUCUUACUUGUUCUCCUCACCAUGAAGAUUUAGUGGCCAUUGGCUACAAGGAUGGCAUAGUGGUUAUAAUUGACAUCAGUAAGAAAGGAGAAGUUAUUCACAGGCUUCGAGGCCACGAUGAUGAGAUCCACUCCAUAGCCUGGUGUCCCCUACCUGGUGAAGAUUGCUUAUCUUUAAACCAAGAGGAAAAAUCAGAAGAGCCUGAAAUUCCCAAUGGGAAAGUUAAAGCAGAAACCCCAGAAACAAAGGGCUGCUACAUAGCCACUGGAAGCAGAGAUCAGACUAUUCGAAUCUGGAGCUGCUCUAGAGGCCGAGGAGUGAUGAUUUUGAAAUUGCCAUUUCUGAAAAGAAGAGGAGGGGGCAUAGACCCAACUGUUAAAGAGCGCCUUUGGGUGACACUCUAUUGGCCCAAGAAUCAGCCAACACAGCUGGUAUCUAGUUGUUUUGGAGGUGAGCUGCUGCUAUGGGAUCUCACUCAGUCUUGGAGACGGAAAUAUACCCUCUUUAGCUCAUCAGCAGAAGGACAAAAUCAUUCCAGAAUUGUGUUUAAUUUAUGCCCUUUGCAAACUGAAGAUGAUAAACAGUUGCUACUUUCUACAUCAAUGGAUAGAGAUGUCAAAUGUUGGGACAUGGCCACCCUAGAAUGCUGCUGGACCCUGCCUUCUCUUGGUGGGUUUGCCUACAGCCUGGCCUUCUCUCCUGUGGAUAUAGGCUGUUUGGCCAUUGGCGUUGGGGACGGCAUGAUCCGUGUAUGGAAUACACUCUCCAUAAAGAACAACUAUGAUGUAAGAAAUUUUUGGCAAGGUGUCAAGUCUAAAGUUACAGCGCUGUGCUGGCACCCAAACAAAGAAGGUUGUUUGGCUUUUGGAACUGAUGAUGGAAAAGUGGGAUUGUAUGACACCUACUCCAACAAACCUCCACAGAUUUCUAGCACAUAUCAUAAGAAGACUGUGUACACUUUAGCGUGGGGUCCACCAGUGCCUCCCAUGUCACUCGGAGGAGAAGGAGACAGACCUUCCCUCACUUUAUACAGCUGUGGAGGGGAAGGGAUUGUCCUACAGCAUAACCCCUGGAAGCUUAGUGGCGAGGCCUUUGACAUCAACAAACUCAUCAGGGACACCAAUUCAACCAAAUACAAAUUGCCUGUACACACAGAGAUCAGCUGGAAAGCAGAUGGCAAAAUCAUGGCUCUUGGUAAUGAAGAUGGAUCAAUAGAGAUAUUUCAGGUUCCACACUUGAAACUGAUCUGCAUCAUCCAGCAACAUCAUAAACUUGUGAAUACCAUUACCUGGCAUCACGAGCAUGGCAGCCAGCCGGAGCUCAGCUAUCUGAUGGCCUCAGGCUCCAACAAUGCAGUCAUUUAUGUGCACAACCUGAAAACUGUCAUAGAGAGCAAUCCUGAGUCUCCAGUGACCAUGACGGAACCCUACCGGACCCUUUCAGGACACACAGCCAAGAUUACCAGUCUGGCAUGGAGCCCACAUCAUGAUGGGAGGCUAGUGUCUGCUUCCUACGAUGGAACAGCACAGGUGUGGGAUACUCUGCGGGAAGAGCCUCUGUGCAACUUCCGAGGACAUCGAGGCCGACUGCUCUGUGUGGUGUGGUCCCCAUUGGAUCCAGAUUGCAUCUACUCAGGAGCAGAUGACUUCUGUGUGUACAAAUGGCUGACUUCCAUGCAAGAUCACUCCAGGCCUCCUCAAGGCAAAAAAAGUAUUGAAUUGGAGAAAAAACGGCUCUCUCAACCCAAGCCAAAGGCUAAAAAGAAGAAGAAACCUACCUUGCGCAUGCCUAUAAAGCAGGAGUCACUUGAGGGGAAUGAAGAGAGCAUAAAGGAGAACUCAGUACCCACAGAGAAUGGGGUGUCAGACCAGGAGGGCGAAGAAGAAGCCCAGGAACCAGAGUUACCCUGUGGCCUCACUUCCACAGAUGCUAAAGAACCAAUUAUCUGCAGUCCGGUUUCCUCAGGCUUUGAAAAGUCAAAAGUCACUAUUAAUAACAAAGUUACUUUACUGAAAAAGGAACCAGCUAAAGAGAAAUCAGAAGCCUCAAUCAAGAAGAGGAAAGCUCGGUCCAUGCUUCCUCUGAGUACAAGCCUGGACCACAGGUCCAAAGAGGAACUUCAUCAUGACUGUUUGGUGCUGGCAACUGCAAAACACUCCAAAGAACGAAAUGAGGAUGUAUCUGCUGAUCUUGAGGAAAGAUUUCACCUGGGGCUUUUCACAGACAGGCCUACCCUGUACAGAAUGAUUGAGACUGAAGGGAAAGGUCACUUGGAAAAUGGCCACCCUGAAUUAUUUCACCAGCUGAUGCUUUGGAAAGGAGACCUAAAAGGUGUUCUUCAGACGGCAGCAGAAAGAGGAGAGCUGACAGACAAUCUUGUGGCUAUGGCACCAGUAGCUGGCUACCAUGUGUGGCUGUGGGCUGUGGAAGCCUUUGCCAAGCAGCUAUGUUUCCAGGAUCAGCACGUCAAGGCAGCGUCUCACCUGCUUUCCAUCCACAAAGUAUAUGAAGCUGUGGAGCUGCUCAAAUCAAACCACUUUUACAGAGAAGCUAUUGCAGUUGCCAAGGCACGGCUGAGGCCCGAGGACCCAGUCUUAAAGGACCUGUACCUCAGCUGGGGAACCAUCCUGGAAAGAGAUGGCCAUUAUGCCAUAGCAGCCAAAUGCUAUUUAGGUGCCACUUCUGCUUAUGAUGCAGCCAAAGUUUUGGCUAAGAAGGGGGAUGCUGCAUCACUUAGAACGGCUGCAGAGCUGGCUGCGAUCGUUGGGGAAAAUGAGCUGUCUGCCUCUCUGGCUCUCAGAUGUGCCCAAGAAUUGUUGCUGGCCAAGAACUGGGUGGGGGCCCAGGAAGCUUUGCAGCUGCAUGAAAGUCUACAGGGUCAGAGACUGGUAUUUUGUCUCCUUGAGCUACUGUGCAAGCAUUUGGAGGAAAAGCAGCUUCCAGAAGGCAGAAGCUCCUCUUCUUACCACACUUGGGCAACAAGUACAGAAGGGCCUUUUGUGCAGAGAGUGACUACAGUGUGGAAAAGCGUCUUCAGCCUCGACACCCCAGGGAAAUAUCACGCAGCCUUGAAGAAGCUGCAAGAUGUGAAAUACCCAUCUGCUACAAACAACACACCCUCCAAACAGCUCCUGCUCCACAUUUGCCACGAUCUGACGUUGAUGGUGCUGAACCAGCAGGUGGGCUCCUGGGAUGAGGCAAUAACAGCCCUGCUUCGGGCUGUGGUCCGGAGCUAUGACUCCGGGAAUUUCACCAUCAUGCAGGAAGUCCACUGGACCUUUCUCCCUGACGGCUGUGACCACCUAAGAGACAAGCUAGGUGACGAUCAGUCUCCUGCCACACCAGCUUUUAAAAGUUUGGAGGCCUUUUAUAUAUAUGGGCAAUUAUAUGAAAUCUGGUGGUCUCUGUCCAGGUCGGAGUCAAGUGUCUGGACAGUAGCUGGCCACAAGAGGACACCCUUGGUUAAGCAGAGCCAGCAGCUGGACAGUCCUAGCACUGAAGAGACUGACUUGAGAGCUGGUUCUCAGCCAGAGUUGCAUUGGCCUCCCCAAUCAGACUUGAGACUCACAGAGAGAAGUCAGCACCUGCUGAGCGCUUGUAAGGAGCUCCUUUCAGAAAAGCACGCCAUUCUCCAGGACUCCCAGAGAACUGUUGCUAGUGUCCAAGAGACAUUAGCAGAAAUGAUCCGCCAACACCAGAAGAGUCAGCUCUGUAAAUCCACAGCCAGCAGCCCUGACAAGAAUGAACUUCAACAGGAAGCAGAGCAGGUCCCCACCAGUGCUCAGAGCCAGUGUAAAGAAGAAAAAAAUGAGCCAGUUUCUCUGCCUGAAUUAACCAAAAGGCUCACAGAGGCAAAUGAGAGAAUAGCUAAGUUUCCUGAGAGUAUUAAGACCUGGCCCUUCCCUGAUGUGCUGGAGUGCUGCCUCGUCCUGCUUUGCAUCAAGUCCCAGUGUCCUGGCUGUGUGACUCAAGAAAUGCAACAACAGGCCCAGGAGCUCCUUCAGAAGUAUGGCACCGCGAAAACGUACAGAAGACACUGCCAGAUCCUCUGCACGUGAACUUGAAAGGACCUAGAAGCAACUGUGCCACGGAACCAUCACCUUCUUUCUGCCGUCACCCCUAGCCAGGCUCCCCCUCACACCCCUACCUUUGUUUGCAGUCAUCUAAACAAAUAUGUGGUGAGGGUCAAGGGUGAACCACCUGUCUACGCUACACCCAGCGGAUGCUGACAUGGGCCUCAGUUGUGGUGUCCUAGUGAAGGAAAGAUCAUAGAAAGCCAGCAGUCAUUCUCCAGAACAAAUGCUGAGUGACUGGUCAUCCCCAAAGCCUUACACGGGUCUCACCCAAAAGAGUUCUCUCUUUUGUAAUCACCUCAAGUGUUAUGUCCUUCAACACAGCUACCUUUAUAAAUACUUCACUGCGGAAA